AGUUUAAUACUUUGUCAGUCCAACAAAAGCAGACCAGUGUGCUUAAUGUGCCUAUUAGAGAAGUCUCUCAGCAGAAAGAAUGGAAGGCAGCUAUAAAUCUACUAGCCAGCAGUCUCUCUGGAAAGAUGUUGAAACAACAAAGCAACAGCGUAUCAAACACAGGGAGUACCAGUUAGCGGCUCUGAUGGUGACUCUAGUGAGUCUCACCCUUGUUCUCAUUAUCUUUAGCAUCAAGCAUUUCUGGAUUCCAAGUGCAGCAAAGGUAUAUGAUCUUCAUUAUAAAGUCCUUAUUGAUGGUGAAGAAAGAAAUGGAAUAAUGGAGAUUGACUCCAGGCACAAGAUGGAGAUUUUCCAAACUGGGAAUGGCACUGAGGAAGUCAUUGAAAUUCAUGACUACAAAAACGGAAUAACUGGAAUACGCUUCUCCAAGAAUCAAAAAUGCUACAUUAGAACCCAAACUAAAGUUCUGCCUAAUGUCACUUCUCCAGAGAAUCCUGAAAAUGUCGAGCUGGAAGAGGAAACUUCCAAAAUGAACUUGGACAAUUCAGAAGUGUGGGUUCCGGCUGAAGAACCAAUUGAGAACCGGGCUUUUCUCUUGGACUCCAAAAUUUUUGAGGUCUGCAAGAACAUGCCUAUUCACUGGAUCCAUCCAUUGUAUCUCAAAGAUGCUGAUUUUCAUGACAUUGAAGACAUAAGCCUAUCCAAUGAGGACAAUACCGAUGAAGACUUAAGCCAGUUUCAGAAAGACACUGAAGCCAACCAGGAAGGAAAACGUCGAGUAAGAGAUGUCAUGGUUGAUGUCCCAGUAAAUGAUUAUAGAGAGAAUGGUGUCGAACUGGACCACAGGCUGGAUGAAAGAGGGAUCUGCUGCCAGUACUGCCGACAGGGGGUGCGCUUCUGCCAGCGAUACUUCGAGCCCCUCAGAGGCUACAUGCCUUAUCCGUACUACUACCAGGGGGGCAGAGUCAUCUGCAGGAUUAUUAUGCCAUGCAAUUGGUGGAUAGCCCGUAUGCUGGGAAGGGUCUGAGUGGCAGCCAUUGCUUGAUCUCUGCCUUUUAUUGUACUGUAGCUUUAAGAAUGAAGAGAGCCUGUGCUAUUGCUCCAGAGCACACCAAGGCUGCCGUCUUUUCAGUAAUUCCUCAGCGUGUUCUUAAUUUUUAGCUCCUGCUUUUUAAUGAGUAUUUUAAUUUCCCUUCCUUUCUGUGUUUUUCAAGGCAUUUUAAUGCAAUGUAUGUCAGUUUCGCCUGAAUGUCACAGAAUGGUAAAAAAACGUUUCUGCCAGUUUCUGUGGGUUUAUUUACAUAUGUUUUUCUUUGCUUCAGGCUCAACUAAGUUUUAAUUUGGGGAACCAGUAAAUCUGUGAUAGGCGUUUUUUUCUUUCUUUCUUUUUUUUUAUUCAGAUGAAUGAUAAAAUUCUGUCAGCAAAUCCACUUUAGUGGUUAGAUAUGCAACAGAAGCCUACUGGGAAACAUCUGCUACAUUUCCUCAGUUUCAGUUAACAUUGUCAGUACAAUAGUCAAGCACUUCACACCAUUACACAGAGUAUAAAGCACAUCCAACAAAACGCCUCACUGCAAAGCCAUUACAACCAAAGAAAAGCUAACAAUGGAGUAAGUGUUCACAGCAGUGGCAAGCAGUGGCCUUGCAGUUUUACAGAAAGAUGAGAAAGCACAACAGAGGUUAGAUAAAUGUGUAUGUAAAUUCAUAAUAUCAACAGGAGCUGGCACCCUGUCCAGACCUGCUUCAUGUCUUACGCCAAGGGGCUGGGGUAGUCUUUGGCCCCCCUCUGUCCUGAGAUGGCUCACUAAUGGAGGAAUGAAUAUCAGUUAGAUAACUCUUUAGAGUCCAAGGCACAUUUUGUGUGUCACCUACGAUUAAAUUUGCUUUAUUCAUUCUAUCAUGUAGAGGUGACGCAGCCGCUCUCCACACAGAUCCAGCAUCAAAUUCUGUGCUGUUGUCUGCUUGGAGUUUGCUUUGCAUUCUCUUUCCACCUCUGUGUGAGAUUGCAAUUGUGUACUCCGUUUUUUUAUCACA